AUGAAUCUCUCGCUGGUUGAUCCCUUUGUCCUCGCGCAGGACUGUCCCGAUGUCAUUACCGGCCGCCUACGCAGCGGCCACUCGACGUCAAUUCGCUUCAGCCACCGCGGCGACCUACUUGCAUCCGGGCGGCACGACGGCAUAGUCGUCAUAUUCGACAUCGAGACAAACGGCGUUGCGCGCAAGCUUCGCGGCCACACGCGCCAAGUCCAGUCACUUAGCUGGUCGACCAACGAUCGCUAUCUCCUCAGUGCCGGUCAGGACUGGAAGUGCGUGCUAUGGGAUUUGAAGGAUGGCUCGCGGGUGCGCACUGUCCGCUUCGAGGCGGCCAUAUUCAUAGCAGAGCUGCACCCCAAGAACCAUAUGGUCUUCGUGGCUGCCCUCUUCGAAGACCAGCCCGUCAUCGUCGACAUGUCCGAGGAAGUCCCCGUCAAACAUUCCCUAUCGUCCGCGCCCCGUCGAACCGACAUAGAGCGCGAGAAUGCUUCUGAAAAGCAGACGGCACAGGACGCGAAGCAAACGACUACGAUGACGCUUUUCUCGCCCACUGGCCAACACAUCAUAGCCGGCACAAACAAGGGGUGGCUGAACAUCAUCGACACCGAGGCACACGCAGUACGCUACUCAUUCCGGGUUACCAAUAACAUCAUCGUGUACAUUCGCUUGACACCCUCGGGCAGAGACGUUGUGCUCAACUCCAGCGAUCGCAUUGUCAGGACACUUCAUUUGCCCGACCUGAGCGACCCAAAGUUGGACUUCGACACCCUCCAGCUGGAAGUUGAACACAAGUUCCAAGAUCUCGUGCAGAGGCUUUCUUGGAACCAUGUAUCAUUCAGUCCUUCAGGCGAAUACGUCACUGCCUCUACCUGGAUGAAUCAUCACAUCUACGUAUGGGAACGUGGACAGGGUAGUCUGGUCAAGAUCCUGGAAGGCACCAAGGAAGAAUUGUCCGUGGUCGAGUGGCACCCAUUCCGGCCCUUCGUCGCUGCUGUUGGAGUGGAUUCUGGCCGCGUCUGGCUCUGGUCCAUUCUCCAGCCCCAACGCUGGUCUGCCCUUGCACCAGAUUUCGUCGAAGUAGAAGAAAACGUGGAGUAUAUCGAGCGCGAAGACGAGUUCGACAUCCAGCCUCUCGAAGAGCUACACAAGCGCCGUCUCAAUGCGGAAGACGAGGAAGUCGAUGUCCUCACGGUAGACCCAGUUAAGACCUCGGCUACGGAAUUUGGACCGGCUAUAGGAGACGCAGAAUUCAGGAUGCCCGUGUUAUUGGAUAUCGAGGCUAGUGAUAGUGAGGACGAAGUGGUGGCAGUGGGCGCGGGUCAGUACAGACGGCGUAGUCCUGGUGCUGGCAGAGAAUGGAUGAAUGAUGACGUGGCAGUCAGCGGUGAUGAGGCACGAAGAGCAAAUGGUACUACAGUGAAUGGUACCAAGAGACGACGAGCCGGAUGA